AUGUCUCGCUACGCCGAAGUCCACACGCCCGAACAUCGCAAAGGCGCGGGAGACGCUCGCCCGACUGGUCUUCAAAUCAUCCAAGAUGAAAAGCGGGAGGCCGACCUGGUCGGCAAGGUCGUCAUUGUGACCGGUACCUCGUCUGGUAUUGGUGUGCCGACGGUGGAAGCCAUGGCGGCCACUGGCGCAACCGUCUACUGCACGGCCCGUGACCUCGACCGGGCCAAGACCGCUCUGGGUGCUCUUCUCGACUGGGACAAAGUCCACCUGCUGAAGAUGGACCUGACGAGCCUCGCCAGUGUCAAAGCAUUCGCCGACGAGUUCAAGAAACGAGAGUCCAAGCUCAACAUCCUCAUCAACAAUGCGGGCGUCAUGGCCUUGCCCACUCGGCAGACCACAUCCGACGGCUUCGAGAUGCAGAUCGGAACCAACCAUUUUGCACACUUCUACCUCUUCUGUCUUCUCCGUGACCAUCUGCUGGCCGGCGCGACCCCAGAAUUUAACUCCCGCGUCGUCAACCUGUCCAGCUCCGGUCACCGUGUGAGCACUGUCCAACUCGACGACAUCAACCUGGAGAAGGGCUAUGAGCGCUGGAAGGCGUACGGCAAUUCCAAGACGGCCAACAUCUGGAUGGCAAACCAAAUCACUCGACUGUACGGAUCGAAGGGGAUCCAAGGCUACAGCGUGCAUCCCGGGGGCAUCGAGACGCCACUGCAAAAGUACACACCGGAGAUAAUGGAAUUCGCCAGGGGCGACGACUUCACGGUGAAGUACAUGAAGAGCACGGCACAGGGCUGCUCGACGACCAUCUUCGCAGCUGUUGCUCGGGAGCUUGAGGGCAAGGGUGGUGUGUUCCUCGAGGACUGCCAAAUCGCUCCGCCAGUCUCAGAAGGGACGACCUUUGAGGGUUAUGGUCAACUGGCAUUCGGUCAUGAAAAGUGGGCAUAUGAUCCGGAAGGAGAGGAGAAACUGUGGAAGCUGAGCUUGGAGAAGGUUGGACUCAGCGAGUAG